AAAGAAGCAAGAGGGGUCUAGAGCUGCCGGAGAAAGUUCUGCUCGACUCGAGCGGGUGCCGGGCGCGCGGUGUGAGCAAGAUAACGUAUAGGUAUUCUAUACAGAUAAAAGACAACGUGGGCUCCUCAUGCGAUCUUGUACCCCCUUCCCCUAUAACACGCCUGCCCAACCAAACCAACCCCUGGUUUCCAUUUUCGUGUCCCCCGUCGUCUCUCACACCCUCACCUACUUGGAAACAAGAAAAUCAGGCAGAAAGAGAUCGAGGGAUUCGGAGGAUGGAAAAGGCGGCGGCGGCGGCGUGCUGCGGGGUGGCGGAGGAGACGGUGACGGCGACGCAGAAGGCGCCGGGGGCUUGCCCGCGGUGCGGCGGCGCGGUGGUGGCGACCGACGUGGAGUCGGCCCGGCGCAUCCUCUGCCUGCCUCUAUGCGUCAAGAACAAGAGGAAGUUCUCCUGCACGCGGUGCCGCCGCAGCCUCGUCACCCUCGACACCCACAGUGCCCUGUCAUGACUCCUGAGUUCAUUCAGCUAGCUAAGCCGGCCUGAUUAUCAGCAUUAGCUAGCUAGGGACGAAGUGCUUUCUGGAAAGAGAGAUUGGGAUUUAGUGGGUGGUGUUGACUGUUGAUUGAUUAUUAGUUAUUCGGCUCCUUGUUCUUGAUCUCUGCUGUGCUGGUGCGCCAAUUUGGAUCCUUUGGAUAUUUCUAGUUCAUUCUAGCCUGAUGCUAUUAGUUGAGUUGGUUCCUUAGGCUAGCUGCUUGCUUUAUCUUGUUAAUAAACUAUGGUGUUUGUCUUUGAAGUUUGCAAUGUCUCCUCGCUAAGUUCUCCGUUU